CUUCACCAGAAGGGACAUGAUCUCAAACACCACCACCACCACCACCCCAUCUUACUUUGCACCACCACCACAACACAACCGUGGUGGUGGUGGUGUUAAUAAUGGAGGAGGUGGCAAUCAAAAUUGUGCGGGUGCUCCCAUGUCUAUGGUGGAAGGAGCACCAUCUUCCUCUCAUAUAGGCCUAUGUACAGGUUUACCAAGGAGCAUUCAGGACCAUGGAACUUCAUCAGGAUUACGGAGGGAACACCAAUACCACCACCCUGAGACCCUUCUAUUCAACUUAGGCAUCUUAAAGGAGAAGGUUCACCAGGUCCAGGCCUUAGUCGACCUCAUCUUUUCGCCAGGUGAUCAGGAGGCGGCUCCAGUCGUUGCAGUCGGCAUGAGCACUGCCAUACAGGAACUCAUGGCCACCGCAUCAUCGAUGAUGUUCGCUUGCCAACAAUUUGCCUUGAACACCAACACCAUCUUCCAAGUUCCUGCUAAUGGUGAAUUACAACCCCCUAUGUCUAAUAUGAACCAGGUAGAUAUGCACAUGAACCCAACUCAUGGUCCUCCCCCUAGAGAAUUCCCUAACCAUAAUGGAAUUAUUGGUGAAGAGCUUGAUAAUAGUGUCAAUAGUGGUAAGAUAAGUAAUUCUAGUAGAAAUUAUGACAGUGGUGUUUAUGGUAGCAAUGGUGCAGUUAGUAACAAUAAGAACAAGAUUAGAGGGUUCAGAUCUGAGGGCGAUGGAGGGGGUAGAUUAGGAGAGAUUAGAGAUAUGUUGUCCUCCUAUGCCAUUAUAGAGUUAGAUGCAGAUGAUUUAUUGGCAGAGUACACACACUAUUGUCACAUAUGUGGCAAGGGAUUCAAGAGAGAUGCCAAUUUGAGGAUGCAUAUGAGGGCUCAUGGGGAUGAAUACAAGUCUAAUGCUGCCUUAACCAAGCCCUCAUCCAUGGGGGAGCAAAGGGACCCCUCCCCUUCUCUCAUGAACAUUCCUAGGAAGUUCUCUUGCCCACAAGAAGGUUGUAGGUGGAACAAGAAGCAUGUUAAAUUCCAGCCUUUGAAGUCCAUGAUUUGUGUGAAAAAUCACUACAAGAGGAGCCACUGCCCUAAAAUGUAUGUUUGCAAUAGAUGUAACAGAAAGAAGUUCUCGGUUCUAUCUGAUCUGAGGACGCACGAGAAGCAUUGUGGUGAUCUGAAGUGGCAGUGCUCAUGUGGCACCACCUUCUCGAGAAAGGAUAAGCUCUUGGGACAUGUCGCCCUCUUUGUCGGACAUAGCCCCAUUACACGGUACUCAACCGAGAUCCAAACAAGUGACCAGUAGACGGGGACGACAAAUUAAAGAGGUAACUUGUAUGGAGGCAUCGUCUAGGUUGUAAA